AUGUUCCACAAUGGUAGGCCUCCACUCUCCCGCUAUUCAUUUCGAGCUGACAGGAACGAAGCUCUUCUUGUUCGGCAAUCCCGAAACAGUCAUGGAUACAAUAUAAGCCAGGUAGUGAACCCCACACUAUCUGGAUAUAGGAGAAACGAUCGAUUGCCUUUCACUGCGAAAGCGGGCAUAUUUACAGUGUCUGGGUCGAUACACAGGGAGACUCUGGAGAUGGAGGUCACAUUAGAAGUGUACGACAUGACCCUGGGAGUUUUGCAGGGACACGCUGGUCAGCCCUUCUAUAUCGACUUGGAUCUCAGUAUGGUCAAGGGGAAAAUUGCGCUACGAAUGUCUGGGUUUGAUGAAAUAUGGCUUGAUGCCGAUACGAAGGUGUUCCAGCCGGCGGAGGAUGGCGCCGGUCAGUUUAUAGAGUACAGGAAGUCCCAUCGGGUCCUGGAAAUCCCGGGGAUUCGGUGCGCUCCGUGGCUUUCGCCUGGGGCAAAUCUUUAG